AUGGAAACAAGCACAUCUGCCUGGCUCACGGAAUCCAAGGCCUAUCCAUUCGUUCUCAAGGCAGGCCCGAAGCCCCAGCCCGGAGAAGGGGAGGUGCUCAUCCGGAACGCCGCCGUUGCAAUAGAGGUAGGUGCCGGAGUCACUCGAUUCAAACGAGGCCAGCCCGUUAUUGCUCACUGCAAUAGCCUCCUGACCCAGAACCCGGCCAACUCGGCCUUCCAGCACUAUACCAUCCUGACCGAGAAGCUGGUGGCGGAGAUACCCGCCGAGCUCGGGUUUGAGCAAGCCGUGGUGCUCCCGCUGGCCAUCACUACCGCUUGCGCCGGACUGUAUGGGAGCGAGUACCUCAACCUCCCACUCCCCUCGCUCGCCAGCGAGAAGAAGAAGAAGACUGGUCAGACCAUCCUGAUCUGGGGCGGUGUCUCAUCGGUCGGUGCGACCGCCAUCCAGUUGGCGUCGUGCUCGGGGUUGCAAGUGAUCACCACCGCAUCGACCGCCAAUCAUGACUUUGUCAAGUCUUUGGGUGCUGACGCUGUCUUUGACUAUAAAUCUCCCACGGUGGUCGAUGCAAUCGCCAAAGCGGUUCUCGAUACGGACUUGGUAGGAGUGUAUGAUGCGAUUGGAGAGGCACCAAGCUUUGCCGCUAUCACAGCACUGGCCGAUCAAUUGCAGAGGCCGCUGAAUACCGCAGCGGUUCUGCCAUGCGAUCAGCCGACUCCGCGAUGUAUUCCGAAAUACGUCCGGGCCGUUUCGAUCAUCGAGCAACCUGACGAACAUAUCGCCCAGUGGAUCUGGGGCCAGUUUUUGCCCCAAGCACUCACCAGCGGGCAGUUCCAAGCCAAACCCGAUCUUUACAUUGUCGGGAACGGUUUGAAAGAUGUCCAGUAUGGUCUCGAUGUGCAGAAGAAGGGUGUUUCGGCGAAGAAGGGGGUGAUCUCUCUAUGA